GCGGCCAGAGACCAGAGCAAACGCAGCGAGAGGCAGACAACAAGUUCAUCAACAACAGCAAGGAAGGAAGAGCUCAUCUGUCCUGCUCCGGCGAGGUUUCUACAGCUCCUCUGAUUGAUUCGAUGGCUGCGACGGCACCCACCCCGGCUCCGGCGGCCAUGACCCUGCCCGCCAUGGCGGCCCAGAAGGUGUCCUCCCCCAAGGCCGGCAGCGACCGGAAGGUCGUCCCGGUCAUGGUCCCCGACGAGGCCGUCCAUGUCCCGGAGAUGCACGUGCUGGCCGUCGACGACAGCGUCGUCGACCGCGCCGUCAUCGCCAAGAUCCUCCGCAGCUCAAAGUACAGAGUGACCACGGUGGACUCGGCGACGCGCGCGCUGGAGCUCCUAGGCCUGGGCCUCAUCACGGACGUCAACAUGAUCAUCACCGACUACUGGAUGCCCGGGAUGACCGGCUACGAGCUGCUCAAGCGCCUCAAGGAGUCCUCGGACCUCCGGGAGAUCCCCGUCGUCAUCAUGUCCUCCGAGAACGUGCCCACCCGCAUCUCCCGCUGCCUCGAGGAGGGCGCCGAGGACUUCCUGCUCAAGCCCGUCCGGCCGUCCGACGUAUCCCGACUCUGCAGCCGCAUGAUCAGAUGAUGAUAUCAUCUAUCCACAAGGAGGAAGAUUAAUUCUUAGGAUCUUUCUUUAUUUUUUGUGUUCUUUUCGUGGACAUAGAUCUGCCCGCUGCUGCCGCAUCACACAUGAUGCUUAACUUUUUGUUGGGGUCCUUCUUCUACUAGGAGAUGAUGAUUAGAUUUUAGGAGGUUAGAAUCGAGGGAUCAAGCAUUUGUUUGUUUGCUCUCUGUGCAAAAGAUUUCGAGAAAAUGAAGAAAAAAAAACAGAGAAUUCAGCCAUAAAAAACAGAGUUCCUCUGAAUGCUCAUGUUCGGUUCAGAAAGAAGUUCCCGUUCUUGGAUUUUGAAAUUGGAUCAGCUCAACAUGCUGAUCCAAUUUCAUGAUCAGAGUUCUGACAUCAAAUCCAGGGUCACAAAAUUUGAUCAUACAUCUGCUCCCUACAUCAUAUUAUUAUUGGAUUCCAUAGGAUUUUAGGACCGAGGGACCAAACAUUUGUUUGUUCGUUCCUCUGAAUGUUCUUGUUCAGAAAAAAAAAAUCCCCUCUUGAAUUUGAAACCUGUUGACAUUCGCAUGAUCAGAGUCUUUUUUACAUCAAUCCAGGAUCACAAAUUUUAUCACGAUCUGCUCUCCACAUGGUUCAUCCACCUGUCACUUCCUGAUCACCGUAUUCUGUCUGCCAUGCGACGCUAUCCGCAUCCUCCAUGAUUUGUUCCUCUCAUGUCGACGACCUCCCCGCCUGCGCUGUUAUACUAUCAUAACCACCAUUAUACUAGCAGGAUCACGAUCUUAUUCGUACGUGCGUAUCUUCGAGCGUACAUAUACAACCCGCUCCGGGUUGUCUUAGGUGAGCUGUUGUUAUACGAUGUGCAUAAACUAACGAAAAGUCCAAGCCCAGGAGGCGUAUAUGAUGAUAGCUGUGCACUGUCCAAGGAUCUCCGGCGAGAUCUGCUUACCUGGUGGCAGAUUCUUCAGAAGGCGACCCUGGCCCUGCACUGUACCUGGCCCUCGAUGUUUCCGACUGAAUGAAUUGAUUGGAAAAAACAUGGAGAUCAGGGGAGAGAUACUCCGGAUUGACGCUGCACCUGGUAGGUCGGCUCAGUUCUGGUCCUGAUUUUAUCGGAUUUUUUCUGGCUUCUGGAAUGUCAAAGUCGGAUAUGUAUAUUUGAUUGAUUGGUUAAUUGGUUUGUGGAAGGCAAGUGGUAGUUUGUUGGAAUAGUUCCGUUGGUUUGCUAAGAAAAGUCCACCGGCGUCAGGAUACUGUGAUGCUGGGACGAGGAUUCUCGUUUGUUUUCUUGCUGAUUUUGUCUGGCUUUGACUUUACAUUGUUAAUUUACUGCA